AUGUCACUUACUACAAGAUUGUGGGAAAUUGUGGAUGAUGUCAUUAGAACAACAACGAUCGUCCCAUUGAACAGCUACAAUGGCAAUAUCAGACUUGCUACAACCACUUUUAUAUACACCAUUUUAGACAUCAUCAUUUCCUAUGUCAUCAACUUCAGCGUUAUCAUCUUCGGCAUAGGGACAAAUAUUUGCAAUAUUUACAUUUAUGCAAAUUUAGGUUUAAAAGACACCGUAUCAAUUUCUUUCCUGGCGUUGUCUGCCUCGGAUUUGUGCCUGCUGACCCUAGCUCUUGUCAGCCGGAUAAAUGCUUUUCUUACAUAUCUUGCAGUGCAGUCGCCUGUGAAUCUCUUUCAGUUAGGGUACCUCAUUGUUUGGUACUUUCAAAUGAUGCUGGAUAUUUCGACAUUUACAACAACCUUUAUUGCUGUUCAACGGUGUCUGUGUGUAGCUCUCCCAUUCCAAGUGAGAGCACUAUUCACACGUAACCGGACCGUGGGAUGCAUUGUCUGCGUAUACGCUUCAGUAUUUUCAUGUUAUGUUCCAAUGUUUAGUAAACAGUUUCUUGCUUGGCGUGUCGAUCCGUACACGAAUAUUACCGUGUAUGUAAUUUAUUAUGCUGAAGGAAGGGAUGGUGUGCUGGCUUUUGCAGAUGUGACAUGCAGAAUUGUGUUUCGAAUAGUUCCGGAAAUAAUAGUCAUUGCUUGUUUGGUAGUCCUUAUCAGUAACCUUCGGGCCUCGGUUGCGUUUCGCCAGAAGUCUUUAUCAGAUGCACGGGGAAAAAAACACAUCAGAGCUAAAUCGUCACCUAAAUUACAGAAAAAUUACAAACAGGGAAGUAGCAAUUCGACGGAAGCAGCAACAGAAAUCACGUCAAUAAAACCAGAAGGAACAAGAGACUCUGAUCAAGUUCCCUCAAAUCGCAAAGAAAAACAGGCUGUUCUUGUUGUAACUUUGACGUCUAUUAUCUUUAUCACAACUAACACACCGUCAAUAUUUCUUGGCUUUACUCGUCGUUUUCUACCUGGCUUUAACUUGUAUCAAAAGUACCAUGAUAUAUUUUACUUAUCCUAUAACCUCAACAACUCCCUUCAGUUCAUCAACGCAACAAUCAAUUUCUUUGUCUACUUUAAAUAUAACUCCAAAUUCCGAGGUACAGUUUCAUCACGUUUUAGGAUUUUACCUUCGUGUGAAAUGUAA